AUGUCUUCUGCCCAAGAAAAAAAUCCGUGGCCAUAUGCACAAGGACUUCAAAAUUGUCCCGAGACUCGUGAUCCAGUUACACUUCGGGUCCAAGGAAAGAUUCCCGAAUGGUUAGAAGGCGUUCUUUAUCGUACUGGCCCUGGAACUUUUAAAAUUCCAUCAAAGAAAAAUCCGGAAAUUGUAUUUUCUUUUGACCAUUGGUUUGAUGGACUUGGUCAAGAUGCUAAAUCGUUUAAAGAAAUUGCCAGAGCAGAAAUGGAACUUGGUAAAGUCGUUCCUUACGGAUUCCAUGGAUUAUGGAAUGAUCUUUAUUAA